CUAGGCAUUUCGAUCCUUCUGAUCUGUAGUUGUCACUCGCUCCUUUACCAAAACAAACGCACUUUUUAUCUGUGUGAUAACUAGAUUUAGAUCUGUACCCCCCUGAGGAGAAUGUCCAAGUUAACUUUGAUCUCAAGCAACAAAUGUUUUGGUGGAGAACAGAGAGUGUACAGCCAUGAGAGCACAGAGGUAGCUUGUACUAUGAAGUUUGGAAUUUUUCUACCAUCCAAUGCACUUGAUGGCGUGAAGUUGCCUGUGCUCUAUUGGCUUUCAGGGUUGACUUGUACAGAGCAAAACUUCAUCACAAAAGCUGGGGCCCAGAGGGUGGCAGCCAAGCAGGAUGUCAUCAUUGUAAACCCUGACACUAGCCCAAGAGGAUGCAACAUAGAAGGAGAGGAUGACAGCUACGACUUUGGUAGUGGAGCUGGGUUUUAUGUUGAUGCAACAACAGAGAAGUGGAAGGCAAACUACCGCAUGUACUCAUACGUGGUGAAAGAACUCCCUGACCUGAUCAAUGAGAACUUCCCAACCCAGGCUGACAAGAAGGGAAUCUUUGGUCACAGCAUGGGAGGCCACGGUGCACUUGUCUGCGCACUUAAGAACCCCGGCCUCUACAGGUCUGUCAGCGCCUUCGCCCCCAUCGCCCACCCCACAAAGUGUGGGUGGGGCAAGAAAUGUUUCGCUGGGUAUCUGGGACCAGAUGAGAACCUUUGGAGGGAAUAUGAUGCUACUGAGCUAGUCAAGUCUUACAAUGGGCCCCCACUUGAUAUUCUUGUAGAUCAGGGAGCUUCUGACAACUUCCUGAAGGAGGGCCAGCUGUUACCUGAGAGAUUGAUUGAGUCCUGUGCUGAGAGCAAGAUGCCCUGCAUCAUGAGGAUGCAAGAGGGCUACGACCACAGCUACUUCUUCAUCGCUACCUUUAUUGAGGAUCACAUUCUCCACCACAUGAAGUACCUACAGUAAUCUGCAGCCAGUCUCACUCCCAGGAUAUAAUGGGCUGGACAUGUCUGCUAGAUCACGUGACUUAGUGAAAAACCUCUCUCGUCAUAGAGAAAAUAUUAUGGAUAGUUUGACUUGUUCUGUAUUAGUUGGUUUGUUGUGUAUACAUUUGGAAGAAGAUGAACACACUGUGGGAGAUUUCUUAUUCAGCAAGUCUUUUAAAGUAAUUUCUGUGAGUACUACCAUUGCAAUUUUACACCAUUCCUGUUGCACUAUUUACAAUCAGGCUUCACACAUUAUGCCUAACUUUCAAUUUCUCUGACAUUGUUGAAUGUAAAUGUUUUUUUUUCUUUUUGGUUGGAUUGGAAAUUACUUAACUAUUCUUUAUGACACUUUUAUAAUCAGUGUUGAAAACAAAAUUGAUUUAUUGCAUGUUUAAAUUUUACCAUGGGAAUUAACUGUUGCACUAGUUGCAGAGUUAAUGUACCUGAGACUUUGUCAGUAUUGGUUUAUUGCUGUCAUGUUUUUGUUGAAAACCUUUAUAGCAAUAAUUUCUUUUUUGAAACACAUUGCUAAAAUAAAAUUAUUAAACACCAUUU